AUGCACGUUAUUCUUCCCUCUACUAUGCGCAAUUUAGACUCGUGGUACACCCAGGUGGGGCAUAUUCUGCGUCCAAUCGUCAAGGCUAUCGAUAGUAUUGAGUCCAUGUGUGGGUCUCCAAAGAUUCGAGGAUAUGUAGAUACCACGUUCGCGGAGCGGACAAUUUUUUCGAGGCUGGAUCAUGCAUUGAUGGACGACUUACGAGCGAGCGCCUGGAAUUGGUGCUCGAACCUCCACACAAAGCCAUUCUUCCCUAAUUUCAAGAUUACAGGCUUUGUAGGCUUUGAUGACAAGUUUGGAUAG